ACCUUAAAUAUUUUUUUUUUCGUAAACCGAUAGGUCAGGAUUUUCCAGAUUUAUAAUACGUACAAGGAAUCUUUGUAACUAAAACAAUUAAGAAACAACCGAUAUGUUGAAUCUAAAUUCAUAGAUAGUGAUGAGACUUCAACGGAUGGAUCUGAGUCAUGCCUGAAUAUUGAUGUUCCUGAGAAUUUGUCGGAAUCUAUCGUUGAUGAAGACUUUACUUCUAGUUAUUCAAAAAUGGAUGAUCAUACUUAUGAUGAGGGUGAUCAAAAAACUAUGAGAGGAAAGUAUAAAUGCACGUUAUGUGCUAAUCGGCUUCUACUAACCGAUCAAACCCUACAGGAUCAUUUACAGUCUAAGAAACAUUUAAAACGUGAAAAACAAUGGAUGAUAGAACAACGAAAAAAAGAUACUAAAAAACUAGAAGAUGAAUCACCAAAAAAUGGAAAAAUUAUCAAUCGUGGAAUUUCGGAACAAUGUAAACAAAAAAAAAUACUUGCGAAAAAAAAACGUGUAGCUGAAUUAAGUGUUGAACAAAUCCUUGCUAAAAAAGAAAAAUUUCGAAUUAAAAAGGAAAGGCGUUUAAUUAAAAAAAACAAGGAGGUUUUAUUGUGAUGCUUGUUCUUAUUUAAAAAAGUUCUCAGUAUAGUCUAGUGCAGAUUUAAUUUUUCUAAACACAAUUCUACAACUGUUUUCAAACCAUCAUAAAGUCCGUUACAAUAUCUCGUUAUACGUUUUAUAAUUCGUGCAUACAUUGUACAGCUAGAAGACUAUAUAAUAUUUGGCGAAACAUCUUAGUUAAACAGGACAACAAAUACAAAUUCAUUUAUGUUCCACUUCCCAGAUUAAUGGGAAUGGUUAAACGUAAAAUUUUUUUUGAUAAAAAGGAGAUACCACGCCAAUGUUGUUGUUACGAGUUAUUCUAUUAACGUUUCAAAAUUACGGUUUAAUAAAUUAAGUAUUGUCUUUUCAAACUAAUUAAGGUUUAUUGAAAUUAUUCCAAUUAAGACAUGAACGUGGUUUGUUAAUUUGAAAUUACCUAAGGUCAUAAUGGUAUAUUUGAAAAAUACCUUUUAAAUAAUAUGGUUCCAUUGUUUUCAUUUACGCUGUGUAUUAAGAUCUUGAAACUGUUCACCAGUUGUGAAAAAGUUUAAGUACCUUCUCUGCAGCGGAAUCAAGCGAAUGAAUCGUAAUUUGUAUGAAGGUUUAGCAAAACUUAGCACUCAUGAAGUCUCAAAAAACUCCGUAUUCUACAAUCCCGCUCAAGUUGUCAAUCGAGAUUUAUCCUUACUUGUUCUUAAAACUUUUGCUAACACACUGAGUGAGGAAAUUUCAGCUUUACCAGAUAACGUCAAAGAAAAAUUAUUAAAGCGUGAAUGUCAAAAACUUUUAAUCGUUGAACCAUUAGCAGCAACUGGUUUAAGAUCAAUUCGUUACGCUCUCGAACUACGUGAACAUAUUAAAUAUAUUGUAGCGGGUGACUUGGAUCCAGCAGCUGUGCAAUGUAUUGAAAAAAGUAGAAUUGAUCACUCCAUUGAUUCUAUGUUGUUCACAAGUGUUUGUUCUGAUGCUAAUAAUUUAUUACACUUGAGCAAGAUUUUUGGUGUGAAGGGUUCUCUUAAUGUUUUACAAAUGAUGGAUAUAAAAAACUCAAAAUACCGCUCUUUAACUAACCAAACGGAAAAUGCUUCUUGUUUAAUAAAAGAAACUUUCAACGUGAUUGAUUUAGAUCCAUAUGGUAGUGUUGCGUCGUUUAUUGAUGCAGCAGUCGUAGCAAUAGAAGAUAGUGGGCUACUUUGCCUAACAUCAACGGAUAUGCCCAUUCUAUGUGGUAACAAUCCAGAGGUUAGUUUUUACAAAUACGGCGGAACGGCGCUUAAAGCUCCUUAUAUGCAUGAAAUGUCUUUAAGAUUAUUAAUAAAUGCUAUCGCCGAAGCAGCUGCGCGCCAUCAACGAAUUGUCGAACCGAUUCUAUGCUGUAGUAUAGAUUUUUAUAUACGUUGUUUUGUCCGUAUACGAACGUCGCCCUUCCAGUGCAAAUAUAAUGCAUCCAAAUCUUCACUAGUGUACCAAUGUGCUUCUUGUCCUGCUUUCACCAUCAAUUCUAUGGGAACAUUUGCCCAAGCAAAGAAUAACAUCAAAUUUAAAGUACCACAAUUGCAAGGUGUCACAUCCGUCUGUGAUCAAUGCGAUGGAACUAAAAUUUACGUUGGGGGCCCCUUUUACUCUGGACCGCUCUAUAACAAAGAUUUUAUACAGCGUUGUAUCAAGAAUAUCAAUGACCCUACGAUAUUACCGACUUUAACAAUGCGACCUAAAAUUCUAGGUAUUUUAACGGCUAUAUCGGAAGAAAUAGAACAACCUCCACUCCAUUAUGAUUUACCAUAUCUCAUGAGUUCUAUUAAAACUGAAUUAAUGAAAUUGUCGGAUUUUAAAUCCACGAUACGUCAUUUAGGAUAUAAUGUUUCUCAUUUCCAUAGAUGUCCACAAUCAAUUAAAACAAAUGCACCAAACACAGUCAUAUUUGAUAUUAUACGACAGUGGGCCUUAGACUAUCCACCCAAAAAAAAAGACCACUCCUUUUUAAAAAAAAAAAUAACUACCGAAGACGUAAAAUUAAAAUUAAGCUCUUCUUCUACUGAACCCAUUCGGGUACCACGUUGGCUUCCUAAUCCUGAAUCACACUGGGGGCCCAAAAAGCGAGCUAAAAUAAUGGUAACCGAAUGCAGUAAUUAGUUUUUGUUCUUCAAUUUUAAACGCGUUGUUUAAUUCAAAUAAUCUAUGAUUUUAUUUAAGUAUUACAUCUUCUAAAGUAGUAGCCAAUAAUAAGCUUUUUUUGUUUUUUUGAUGAAGCGCAUGCUUAUUAAAAUCAAAUUGUUUCUAAAAAUAUAUUUUUGUCGUAUUAAAAAAAACGUAUCUCUAAUUAUUUACUUUGGUUGCUUUUUAUAUUGAAAAAAAGUUAUAAGAAAUAAAAAAAAUUUGGUGAAUCAA